UCCUUCGGUCCUCAACCCAUAUAUUUGCACUUUGUAAUUGACAGAUGUCUUCAUGUCAUCCUUUCUAACUCUCCUCCCCCCUUCCCCCCUCACCCCUUCCUCUUUCUCUCUCCUCCAAUUCUUCUCUCAUUUGUCAAUAUAAAAGUAACACCAUUUUCUUCAAACUAGUCAUCUUAUUUCUCCAUCAAUCAACGUUCAUCCAUUUUUCUCUUUUUUUUUUUUUAUAACAAUGGUGGUUUCAUCUCAUCUUGCAUUAGACCAAUUCAUCAAAACAUGCAAACCAAUUAACACAAAUAACACCCUUUUUCCUAUUGUAAUCCCAACUAUAGACUUAAAUUCUCCAAAUGCUAAAUCAAUGAUCGUUAAGGCGUGUACCGAACUCGGCUUUUUUAAGGUUGUUAACCAUGGCGUUCCUACUCAUAUGAUGACACAGCUGGAAGACGAAGCUCGUAGUUUCUUUAGUUUGCCUCAGGCUCUCAAGGAAAGUGCUGGAAGUCCUAACCCUUUUGGGUAUGGUAACAAGAAAAUUGGUCGUAAUGGCGACGUUGGUUGGCUUGAGUAUCUUCUACUUUCGGCUUCUCCUGAGUUUAUUGCCCAAAUUUGUCUGUCCAUUUCUCCUGAUAAUCCUGAUGUUUUCAGGUGUGCUUUAGUGAACUACAUAGCAAAAGUGAAGAAAAUGGCAGUUCAAGUAUUGGAAACAAUGGCGGAAGGAUUGAAUCUAAAAGGAGAAGACAGGAAUGCUCUGAGUAAGUUAAUAAAAGACGACGAAAGCGACUCGUAUUUCAGGCUGAACCAUUACCCACCAAAGCCUGAGGCAUUUGAAGCCAUUAGUAGUGGUAGAAAUUUGGUAGGAUUUGGCGAACACACAGACCCACAGAUCAUCUCUGUUCUUCGAUCAAAUAACAUUGGAGGCCUCCAAAUCUCUGUAAAUGAUGGAAGUUGGGUCUCUGUUCCACCUGAUGAUAAUUCCUUUUUCAUACUUGUUGGUGACUCUUUGCAGGUGAUGACUAAUGGAAGGUUUAAGAGUGUGAAACACAGGGUUUUGGCUGACAACAAGAAAUCAAGAUUAUCAAUGAUCUUCUUUGGGGGCCCACCUUUACGUCAAAAGAUAGCACCUUUACCUUGUAUUAUGCAACAAGGGGAAGAAAGCUUGUACGAAGAGUUCACAUGGUGUGAAUACAAAAAAUCAGCUUACAAAUCUAGGUUGAGUGAUAAUAGGCUUUUACGCUUUGUAAAGAGAAGAAUUAUUUAGUAAUAAUGUCAUACGUAUGUAUUAGAGUUAAUUAUAGUUAAUUAUGGUGGUUAAGAUUUUGUAAGAUACAACUCGCAACGAUAGUCAUGGUAAGUUACUUUUACAUAGGAAAAUAUCAAAUUAACAAUCAAUUUCUUGAGUAAUUAUUGUCUACUCUUGAACUUGUCUAGUACGAAAUAUGUGUUAAGUAUAUAACAUUAAGGUGUUUGGUUCAUCUAAUUUUGUUUAAAGUUAUAU